AGCGAGUAAAGGAGCAGAUCGGCUCUCCCUCCCCCUUGCUCCCUCCCAUCUUCCCACCCUGGCUGGGCACAGUCCAUAGAGAAGCUGCAGGCCUUCAGAGAGGACCCACAUAGCCUCCUGUAGGUGGCAACAGUGCCACCUGUUUGACUGGUGGGACUGAGCCAAGGACUGGAAGAGGGAGGAGGCAUACAACUUGGAGAGGAGCUGGGAAAGCAGUGCAGUGCAAAUCGGAGAGCAGAGCAGAGCUGCCGCUGAGAAAAGGCCCUCGCCAUGGCCGAGUCCCCUGGCUGCUGCUCUGUAUGGGCCCGCUGCCUCCACUGCCUGUAUAGCUGCCACUGGAAGAAAUGCCCCAAAGAGAGGAUGCAAACCAGCAAGUGCGACUGUAUCUGGUUUGGUCUGCUCUUCCUCACCUUUCUCCUCUCCCUGGGCUGGCUGUACAUCGGGCUCAUCCUCCUCAAUGACCUGCACAACUUCAAUGAAUUCCUGUUCCAACACUGGGGACACUGGAUGGACUGGUCCCUGGCAUUUCUGCUGGUCAUCUCUCUACUGGUCACAUACGCAUCCCUGCUAUUGCUCCUGGCCCUGCUGCUGUGGCUCUCUGGCCAGCCUCUGCAUCUGCACAGUAUCCACAAGGUGCUGCUGCUCCUCAUUAUGCUUCUUGUGGCCACUGGCCUUGUGGGACUGGACAUCCAAUGGCAGCAGGAAUGGCAUAGCUUACAUCUGUCACUGCAGGCCACAGCCCCAUUCCUUCAUAUUGGAGCAGUUGCUGGCAUCACCCUCCUGGCCUGGCCUAUGGCUGAUACCUUCUACCAUAUCCACCAAAGAGGUCCCAAGAUUCUGCUACUAUUCCUAUUUUUUGGAGUUGCCUUGACCAUCUACCUGGCCCCUCUGUGCAUCUCUUCACCCUGUAUCAUGGAACCCAGAGACUUACCCACCAAGCCUGGGCUGGUGGGACACCGAGGGGCCCCCAUGCUGGCACCCGAGAACACCCUGAUGUCCCUGAGGAAGACAGCCGAAUGUGGAGCUGCUGUAUUUGAGACUGAUGUGAUGGUCAGCUCUGACGGGAUCCCCUUCCUUAUGCAUGACGAGCACCUCAGCAGGACCACGGAUGUGGCCUCUGUGUUCCCAACCCGAAUCAGUGCCCACAGCAGCGACUUCUCCUGUGCUGAACUGAAGAAGCUCAAUGCCGGGGCUUGGUUCCUAGAGAGGCAACCCUUCUGGGAGGCUAAGCAGCUGUCAGGCCCUGAUCGGAAAGAGGCUGAGAAUCAGACAGUACCAACACUGGAGGAGCUAUUGAAGGAAGCUGCUGUCCUCAACCUUUCCAUCAUGUUUGACUUGCGCCGCCCCCCACAAAACCACACAUACCAUGACACUUUUGUGAACCAGACACUGGACACUGUGCUGAGUGCAAGGGUGCCCCAAGCCAUGGUCCUUUGGCUACCCGAUGAAGACCGGGCUAAUGUCCAACAACGGGCACCCAGAAUGCGCCAGAUAUAUGGACAGCCAAGAGGCAACAGAACUGAGAGGCCCCAGUUUCUCAACCUUCCCUAUCAAGACCUGCCACUGUUGGAUAUUAAGGCACUGCACAAGGAUAAUGUCUCAGUGAACCUAUUCGUAGUGAACAAGCCCUGGCUCUUCUCCCUGCUUUGGUGUGCAGGGGUGAAUUCAGUCACCACCAACGACUGCCAGCUCCUGCAGCAGAUGCAUUACCCUGUCUGGCUUAUUCCCCCUCAAACCUACCUAAUGAUGUGGAUCAUUACCAAUUGUGUCUCUACCCUGCUGCUUUUGUGGACCUUCCUCCUCCAACGGAGAUGUGCUAAGGAGAAAGAGAGAACUGGCUUUGAAACAGCAGUGCUGCUGACCAGGAUCAACAACUUCAUAAUGGAGUGAAUGCUCUUCCCUGGAUCCCCACCAGCCAGAGUCUGGGGCUGUCUGCACUGGACAACAGCAAGGAAGGGAGAGUGAACAAGGCAGACUGUUGGUGGGGUUGAGGUGGGGUAAACUUUACCGAUUAGAGGUUCUGAACUUUAAGGACCCACUGUCCAGAUAGUGGGUAUGCUCCAAGCUUCCAUGGAAUCUACUCCCCUUGAGCUUUUUGAUCUGAGGUGGUUGGGAAGACAGUGAAUCAUGAGAAGUUUCUCCCCAAAUGAAACUGGAACAGAGGAAGUGAAAAGGAGAUUGCCAAGAUGAUGUUUCAGACCUGUAUGCACGUGUUCCUGUGUAGAAGGAACAGUUGAGGAGGAACUGAAGGAGAUGACAAAAGGCCUUUCCUAGAGAACUUUAAGAUGAUGGAGACACCAACCCACUCCAUUAACUGUCUCCCCUGACGCCUGCAAUUUAGCUGCUUUCUUGCCCAGAUGCUGGGGGCUAAAGAGCCCAUCUAGCUAGGGAAUUCUGUGCCUACAGGUGGCUUUUUGCUGUGCACAGCCUUUUCUUCAAAAAAGGUUGGUUCAUGUAUCUUGCCUGUUAAUCUGUUAUUCAAUGAAUUUAAUUCCUAUCGGU